UCCGAAGUUUUGUUGGUGUCUGUAACGUUGUCUUCGUAAAUUAAUUUCUACACGGCUGAGCUGUUACGAGGAAUUACCACGGCAGAUAAGAAAUCUUAACAUGGCAUGGUCAGAUGCACUGGUGAAUGUACUGCUGCUUCCGUUCACAGCGGGGAAUUCGAGGACAGUACGGAACCGACCUGUUCAUUUGGACGGAACAACAUCCACCGUUGUCAUCAGUAUUGUCUUUACCUCUUUACUUUUACUGCUCGUAAAAGCAAUGAUAGACCAGGAGAACACUUUAUUAAGCUUUGCUGGGACCAUAGGUUUCCUAUCCGUUGUCGUCUCCUUUGGCUUGCUGUCCUGUGUUGCUGUCAUCAUUGUCAUCAAGGUCAAAGGCUUCCACUCAAUAUUAGACCCACGACAGGAUGUGGCUAGUUCUCGUCUGCAAAAGAUUGUUUUAUGGGGUUUCGGGAUGGUGUCUGUAACAUUUUGUUUUCUGAAGAGCGGUCAUCUAGUAGAAUGUAUCGACAUUCUAGACAACGCCCCAAUCAUGGAGUGUGUAUUCUAUGUUAUAAUACUUGUGUUUUUGCCCGUACAGAUUUUAUUACUGACCUAUCUCACGCCUUACCGAUUCAAACGAUCCGUACGUAUUCAGUAUACGAUCCUGUUAAUGCUAGCCUCUAAUAUCACAAUGUGGGUGUACAGUUUAAUGACACAUGAUCAAGAACAUUCACAUGCUAACCCGAGAAACGUCACGUGGAAUACCAACUGUACAAAUAAAACAUUUACACAUAUGCUUUAUGUUUCCGAAAAAAUUCUCUCUCCAAUAUUUUUGGAAUAUUCUAUGUUAGCAAUUACGAUGACACACAAUUUAUCUGUUAAAUGGGAAACUUACAAUGAAAGAAGCGAAAAUACAAUCCUAGAGACCCAUAGUCUGACAGAAACAAGUAAAAGCACUGUCGAUGAAGGCGAGUCAGACGACCGUUCUGUUCCCAUAAAUGCUGAAACUCCAUUAUUGUCUGGAUUGUCAAAAGUUUCUCCAGGUCCAGUUCAGAGGACAGACAGGAAAACGUUCCUGUUCUACGUCGUUUUGAUGUUGUAUGGAUUGCUUUCUGUCAGUAUUUUCAUCGGAUACAUUGUUCGAGUCACUGUCCCCAGUGAAAUGCAGCAGAAAUGGAUCGCUAGUUUGGAACUGGUUAUUUCUAUCAUGAUGGCGAUUUGUACAUUUUAUGGAUAUCAUCUUGUGGCACGAGACACCAAUCCUCCUUUCAAGUCCGAUCCUAUAUCCGGAGGCGAAUACGUGUUUAUUAUCUCCGCAGUUGGAACCAUGAUAAGUUGCACAUUUAGCGUGAUGACAUCCCUAAAAUCCCUGAAAACUCCCAAUUAUGUGUUUGCAGUUUCUCGGGGGAUCUUUGGUACACUUUCCUACUUACAGACUGUCCUUAUCCUUCACGCUAGCCGCUGCAGCCCGAAGCAUCACUGCCGAAAUAAAGCAUCACUGAAGCGCACUUUGCUGUUGCUGUCAUUGUACAAUUUAGGGGCUUGGAUCAUCGAGAGCUUUAUAUUGGGUAGUUUUCCUAGUUUAAGGAGCGCAGAGAAGCAACUCCUCGGCCAGGCUCUGUUGGAAAUAAAUUACAAAGUUUGCCAUCCUAUGAAUGUCUUCUUCAGAUUUGCCUCAGCUCUAGAAUUAUAUGAGUUAUAUAAGAAAUAUGGAGGCUAAACAUGUCCAGUGUCAUUUGUCUGUAAUCUGUUACUUUUUAAAUAUGACUGGAAAUUAGCACAAUAGCCGUUAGUUGUAAUAUUGUUUUGGGAUUUUGUUUAACACAAGUUUGACUCUGCUUUGUUUCCAAGUGUUUGAUCAGUUUUUUGUCAUCCUCAUUAAUGAUUGCUAGCAUGUUGCUUAUAUUCAAUUUGAUAACUUAAUGUAUAUUUCGAUAAAAUCGUCUCGCCGAAAAGGAAAUAGAAUAAAAUUAUAAAUAAAUAAAAUCAG